GCAAUUUUUAAUUUAUGGCAGUUUUUGCUUGAAUUACUAUCAGAUAGCCGCUAUGCAGAAUCAAUAACAUGGGAAGGCACAAAUGGUGAAUUCAAAUUAGUGGAUCCAGACGAUGUGGCACGACGUUGGGGUGAAAGAAAAAGCAAACCAAAUAUGAAUUACGAUAAAAUGAGUCGCGCGCUACGGUACUAUUAUGACAAGAAUAUAAUGUGUAAAGUACAUGGCAAGCGCUACGCUUAUAAAUUUGACUUCCAAGGUAAAAAUUUUUUGAUGAGCAUAGCACAAGCGUUGCAACCACAAAACAAUUCAUCAUCUGCUGAUUUGUUCCAGCAGUCCAGAUUUCAUUCAACUGAAUUCAUUCCAUCGCCGUGGGCAACUGCAAAUUAUAGAUCACUUAUGGCACCACAGUUUCAAGUAAAAUUUGUAUUAUAA